AUGUCUAUCCUCUCCAAGUCGUUGGCCGUUUUCCUCCUCGUCAGCAGCAUCGUUGUCUCUGUCGAAGGGAACCCUAUGCCCACCAUUACAAUUGGGUAUCGGAUGGUCAACAAGGACGCAGCCGAGGCCUACAAGAAAAACGGCAACAAGCUCAGCUUUUUGGCCAGUGCUGGCGGGCAGCAACUCGGUCCUGGUGCCUACGUCUCUCCAGCUCCAGGAGAGUGGGUGGGCGAGAUGCAAUGCUUCAUCCAAGCCAAAGCGAGCGAGUGGGCCAACGCCCCCAAGGUCUGGGUCCCUCAGGUCGGGAUCGAGUCCAUCGAGAACGGCAGGGCCAUCUGUGGCACCCCACUCUUCUGGGAGAAGAACCGCGCCAACCGGGAGGAGUACAUCAAAAAGAAGGGCUCCACCCCCGCCAACACUGUAUUGUUUUCGCACAUCGAGAAUGAUCCCAAGAAGGCACCAGGGCCGAAAUUACAGAUGCUCAUCCCCCCGGCGGUUGCCAAUGACCCCAAGUACGACAUCCGCAUCUACUGCUUCCCUACAGGAGACCCCAAGAUUCCGAAGGACCGUGUUUCUUGGGAAUCCUGGGGUAUCAAGGAUUACGGUCAAGAGUGCAAUUCUGGCUCCUCAUCACGAAGCCCUUCUCCGGCUGGGAGCGGAAGUAGGAGCUCAACACCCCCACCCAAGGCUGGUUCCCCUAGGUCCUCUUCACCAAAGUCUGGCUCCAGGUCGCCAUCGCCCGGCCCCAGCAAGAAGAAACGCGACUUGUCGUCGUCUCUCGAUUUGGAAACCCGGGCUAUGCUCGCUUUGGAGAGACGCGCCCUGCAGCGACGCGCAUUGAGGCGUGCUCUAGAAGACGAGAUCUACAAUUGA